UUCGCUUUUCGGAGUUACACUGAAUUGUGUUCUUUUUCUCGGUGCGAUACGCAGGAUGUCACCCAUGAAAGAAACUUCUCCCCCCGCAAAGAAAAGAAGAGCGGAGGAGGAAACGGUCGAGGAGGAAGAAGGGGAGCGGAGUAAGGACGAUGAGGGUGAAGAUGACUGGGAGAGCGAAGACGAGGUUGACGAAGAUGUCGAUGUAGUAGAUGAAGAUUCUGAGGACGAAGAAGAUUCAGAUGAUGGUGAGAGCGACACUCCGACACCUGCUGAGGACGCUUUCGAUGAAGAUCACGAUGUACCUCCUCCUCUGAAUCUCGAGUCGAACCCCUGUUGCCUCUCCAUGCACCCCUCCGAGGAUCUUGUCGCCCUUGGCACCAUAGAGGGAGAAAUCAUGGUCUACAAUUACUCGACACAGGGCAAUACACUAAAGAGCAAAGUUAAAGCUCACAAGAAAGCCUCGCGGGGCAUCAAGUACAACGCAGAUGGGAAACUCUUGUUCUCGAUCUCCAAAGACAAGUCGAUAAAAGUGAUAGACGCCGAGGAGAUGAAAACCGUCUCAGAUAUCAAGAACGCGCACCUGUCCUCUCUGUACGCUUUUUCAUUCAUUGACGACUGGUUAUUUGCGACUGGCGACGAAGACGGAGCCGUGCGGAUCUGGGACCAUCGGACCUCCGAUAAAAGUCCCGUCCACGAGUUCAAAGAGAGCGAAGAUUACAUCGCGGAUUUACUUAUUGAGCCUGAAAAGAAGAAAGUCCUCUUGGCCGCCUCUGCUGAGGGAACCCUGACCGCCUUCGAUAUCCGCAAGAAGAAAACUAUAAUGCAAUCAGAAGUGUUCGACGAGGAAUUCCUGUCCCUGGCGCUGGUCAAGGACAAAAAAAUCGUUUGCGGAGGGAGCGACGGCUCGUUCGAGAUAUUCAAUUGGGAGGAGUUCGGAUACAUCGUCAACGCAAUGAAAUCGAUCAGUAAGGCCUCGAUCGACAGUAUGGUUGCUCUCUCGGACAGCGUGGUCGUCUAUGGCUGCGGGGACGGAAACAUUCGCGCAGCGAAUUUCUUCCCUAACAAACCCCUUGGAAUCAUCGGGAAGCACUCGGAAUUCCCUGUUUUGACCAUUGCCGCCGACCGGGAGAAAAAAUUGGUCGCCAGUACUAGUGGAGAGCCCUUCGUCAAAUUCUGGAGUGUCGAAGGUCUCGAGGAGAAAGCCUCGAUGAAGCGAGGCAAGGGCCAAGAUCUCAAGAUGGCAAUGAACACUAAGAAGAACAACUUCUUCGCUGGGCUCCUCGAUGAUCCGGCCGACUGAGCAGCCUUCAGUGCAAUGGGAUCAUCACCAUCCAUUAUGCCAUCAUCAAAAUAUGCCUAGGUCCCUCGGUCUCGAUAGAGUGGUCCAUCGACAGAUGGGAUCGAGAAUGUGGAUUGCGAUGGGGAGCUGCCGUCCCCGGACGCUCGGACCUUCUGAGCGACCUUGCGGAGGAUUUCGCAGGAUCCAG